UAUUCCAAUGUCAUAAUAGUUGCGAAUCUCAAAAAUGGCUGACACGUCUUCAAGUUGGAGUUCACAGAAUGCAGUUUUGGAUAUGGAUGAUGUGGCAGGGAGUGACCAUUCUGACUAUGAAACAAACUUUUCAACAUCAGGACGUCAGGGAAGUGGUGGUGAGAAAAUGUCAGGGACAUACAUGGACUCCAUGAAACAGAGACUUCAAGAAAAUGUUACCAAUAUGAUGUGGCAGUCGGGGAAAGAAAGGGCGACCAAGGCUUGGAAUAUCUAUGGCAAUCUGGACAUUCUGAGACCAUAUUUCAAUGUUGAACCACAUGAAGUACGAAGCAGACUGGUUCACUCACUGCUGCCCCAGCGGCCCAGUGAUGAGAGGCAGCGUGUGCCCAGGGAGCUGUACGGGCCCAUGAUGAUCAUCUUCACUCUCAUAGCUCUCCUGCUCUUCCAGAUGAAAACAGCAGAGCACCGCGUUGAGGAGGGCACCCUGAUGGGCACAUCAUUUGGUGUGUGUUUCACCUAUUGGCUGGGAGCCUCAGGGCUGGUCUGGGUUCUCUCCUAUGUGUGUAACACACACCUCACACUCAUACAGAUCUUGUCUAUGAUGGGCUAUGGUCUUGGAGGUCACUGUGUUGUGAUAUUUCUGGGCACCAUCAUCCAUACGUCCCAUGACCAUCUGUUCUUCUAUGCCCUGUGGGCAGUCGUUGGAGGACUGUCCUCCCUUAGAAUGGUCUCCAUAGUGCUGUCUCGCACACACGGACAGACUCAGAGGAUGAUUGUGUGUGGUGCAGUGGCAGCUCUCAACCUGCUCUUUCUGCUCUAUCUGCACUUUGCCUAUCACCAGAUUGUUGAAGGUAACAUGCUCUAUCUCCACUUUGCCUAUCACCAGAUUGUUGAAGGUAACAUGCUCUAUCUGCACUUUGCCUAUCACCAGAUUGUUGAAGGUAACAUGCUCUAUCUCCACUUUGCCUAUCACCAGAUUGUUGAAGAUUUGUCAGAAGUAUUUGCCUCGCAUCACAAUCCAGUAGUAGCUGAUGCUGUUGGUGUUAAUAAGGGGGAUGACUCUGCUGUGAAAAAUACUGAAGACAUGGUUACUGAGGCAAUCCAAAAGGCAAUGGAUGCUAUUGUAAACUCCGAAAUCAAUUCUCAUGCUGAGGCUAAACAAAUGACGAAUGAAACACAUAUUGAAAGUAGAUGAAAUUAUAGUCGAAGAUGGUUGACUAAUUUCUCAUACAGCUUGGAUACAAUAGGCUCGAUGCAGGGAAGUGAAAUGUUGCAAUUUAUGUGACUAUGAUUUGGAAAAUGUUCACUAUACCCAUGUACUUUACUCAUUUUGAAAUGUUAUCAUGUUAACUUAAAUAAACAUCACAUGAAGCGUAAAAAAAAUUGUUUACAGUUUUGAACAAUUUUCUAACUUAGUUUGGGAACAGUCUUACACUAUAAGACCAUUGCGGAGAUACAUGUAUCUUAACAGACAGCCAUUGUAUGUUGUGGGCUUAUUUAUUUACUUAUUAUCGUGGUAUGUUUUAUGUGACACAUUAUGUAUGCAAAAAUGUUCUGAAUUUUUUUUCAAAAGCGACUUUAAGGCAGUUGUUGUUGGAUACUAUGACAAAGUUAAUGUUGCCAGUGUAUGUAUGGUAUUUUGCUGUAAGCCUUUCAGUGCCACAGCUGCAUAUUGAAACAAGUAAGCAUUGUGUGACCUCUUGCAAUUAUUACAAUAUAAAUUUAGACUCAAACAACGGCUUUCCCAAUAUUUAUUGUCCCCUACCGGUUUUACCGGAGGGGACUUGUGGUUUGCGCUCUUUCCGUCAGUCCGUCAGUCGGUCACACUUUUCUGGAUCCACUUGAAAAGUUCGUAAUAUUUAUGCCCCCUUCAAAGAAGAGGGGGUAUUUUGCUUUGCACAUGUCGGUCGGUCUGUCAGUCGGUCUGUCGGUCCGUCCACCAGGUGGUUUCCGGAUGAUAACUCAAGAACGCUUGGGCCUAGGAUCAUGAAACUUCAUAGGUACAUUGAUCAUGACUUGCAUAUGACCCCUAUUGAUUUUGAGGUCACAAGGUCCAAGGUCACGGUGACCCGAAAUAGUAAAAUGGUUUCCGGAUGAUUACUCAAGAAUUUUAGGCCUAGGAUCAUCAAACUUCAUAGGUACAUUGAUCAUGACUCGCAGAUGACCCCUAUUGAUUUUCAGGUCACUAGGUCAAAGGUCAAGGUCAUGGUGACCCGAAAUAGUAAAAUGGUUUCCGGAUGAUAACUCAAGAACGCUUAUGCAUAGGAUCAUGAAACUUGAAAGGUAGAUUGAUCAUGACUUGCAGUUGACCCCUAUUGAUUUUCAAGUCACUAUAUCAAAGGUCAAGGUCACGGUGACCUGAAAUAGUAAAAUGGUUUCCGGAUGAUUACUCAAGAACGCUAAUGGCUACGAUCAUGAAACUUCAUAGGUACAUUGAUCAUGACUCGCAGAUGACCCCUAUUGAUUUUUAGGUCACUUGGUCAAAGGUCAAGGUGAUGGUGACCCGAAAUAGUAAAAUGGUUUCCGGAUGAUAACUCAAGAACGCUUAUGCCUAGGAUCAUGAAACUUCAUAGGUGCAUUGAUCAUGACUCGCAGAUGACCCCUAUCGAUUUUGAGGUAACUAGGUCAAAGGUCAAGUUCACGGUGAUUCAAAAUAGUAAAAUGGUUUCCAAAUGAUAACUGAAGAACGCUUAUUCCUAGGAUCAUGAAACUUUAUAGGUAGAUUGAUUAUGACGUGCAGAUGACCCCUAUUGAUUUUCAGGUCACUAGGUCAAAGGUCAAGGUCACGGUGACUCGAAAUAGUAAAAUGGUUUCCGGAUGAUAACUCAAGAAUGCUUACGCCUAGGAUCAUGAAACUUCAUAGGUACAUUGAUCAUGACUGGCAGAUGACCCCUAUUGAUUUUCAGGUCAAAGGUCAAGGUCACGGUGACUCGAAAUAGUCAAAUGGUUUCCGGAUGAUAACUCAAGAAUGCUUAGGCCUAGGAUCAUCAAACUUCAUAGGCACAUUGAUCAUGACUCGCAGAUGACCCCUAUUGAUCUUCAGGUCACUAGGUCAAAGGUCAAGGUCACAGUGACCAAAAUAGUAAAAUGGUUUCCAGAUGAUAACUCAAGAACGCUUAUGCAUAGGAUCAUGAAACUUGAAAGGUAGAUUGAUCAUGACUCGCAGUUGACCCCUAUUGAUUUUCAAGUCACUAUAUCAAAGGUCAAGGUCACGGUGACCUGAAAUAGUAAAAUGGUUUCCGGAUGAUAACUCAAGAACGCUAAUGGCUACGAUCAUGAAACUUCAUAGGUACAUUGAUCAUGACUCGCAGAUGACCCCUAUUGAUUUUUAGGUCACUUGGUCAAAGGUCAAGGUGAUGGUGACCCGAAAUAGUAAAAUGGUUUCCGGAUGAUAACUCAAGAACGCUUAUGCCUAGGAUCAUGAAACUUCAUAGGUACAUUGAUCAUGACUCGCAGAUGACCCCUAUCGAUUUUGAGGUAACUAGGUCAAAGGUCAAGUUCACGGUGACCCAAAAUAGUAAAAUGGUUUCCAAAUGAUACCUGAAGAACGCUUAUUCCUAGGAUCAUGAAACUUUAUAGGUAGAUUGAUUAUGACGCGCAGAUGACCCCUAUUGAUUUUAAGGUCACUAGGUCAAAGGUAAAGGUCACAGUGACUAGAAACAGUAAAAUGGUUUCCAGAUGAUAACUCAAGAAUGCUUAUGCCAAGGAUCAUGAAACUUCAUAGGUACAUUGAUCAUGACUGGCAGAUGACCCCUAUUGAUUUUCAGGUCACUAGGUCAAAGUUACUCGAAACAGUAAAAUGGUUUCCGGAUUAUAACUCAAAAAUAAUUAGGCCUAGGAUCAUGAAACUGUAUAGGUACAUUGAUCAUGACUGGCAGAUUACCCCUAUUGCUUUUCAGGUCACUAGGUCAAAGGUCAAGGUCACAGUGACAAAAAGCGUAUUUACACAAUGGCUGCCACUACAACUGACAGCCCAUAUGGGGGGGCAUGCAUGUUUUACAAACAGCCCUUGUUGUAUCUGGUAUUGAUCUGUGAUUUAAUUUUACAUAAUGUUUAUUCUGUCAUUAUCUUGUGUACCUGUUCAAUAAUAAAUUGUCAUUUUAUUGAAUGAAAUACAUUUUCUAAAGUAUGAA